ACCCAGGAAGAGAUUACUCGCACGGGGGGCGGGGCUCAGCUGCCAUAUUGAUGUCAUGAAAAGUGUGUAGUAGUGCACUGAGUAGUAUGUGAACAGGAGGGCAGGGGAGUUAUUUAUUUAUUAUCUUCUUGUAAAGGAUUUAUUUGGAUCUUUAUCUGGGAAAUACCGUUCCUUUUGAUUGCUUUACUUUCUGUGAUAAGUGAAAAUGUCCCGGAGGCGACAUAGCGAUGAAAACGAUGGUGGCCAAGCUCAUAAACGCAGGAGAACAUCAGAACCCAUUGAAAUUGAAGAUCGUUUAGAAUCCUUGAUAUGCAGGGUUGGAGAAAAGUCAAAGAUUUCUUACAGGUCCAACCUCCAAGGUUUAGCAGGAAUUGUAGAAGCAAAUAUCCCUAAAUUCAAGUCCCCCCUUCUCCCUGUUUUGUGUUUCCUGGCUCGGCUGCUGCCUGAGAAGCUGACAGUUUACACUACCCUGGUUGGCUUGUUAAAUGCCAGGAACUAUAACUUUGGGGGUGAAUUCGUUGAAGCUAUGGUUCGCCAGCUAAAGGAAGCACUGAAGGGUAACGCGUAUAAUGAAGCAGUGUUUCUGGUGCGUUUUUUAUCUGAUCUAGUUAACUGCCAUGUGAUAGCUGCCCCUUCAAUGGUUGCCAUGUUUGAGAACUUUGUGAGCGUCACACAAGAAGAGGAUAUUCCCCAAGUACGCUCUGACUGGUAUGUGUAUGCAGUUCUCACAUCUCUACCUUGGGUGGGAAAAGAGUUAUACGAAAAGAAGGAUGUUGAGAUGGAGCGCAUUCUUUCCCUCAUUGACAGCUAUCUCAAAAGACGACAUAAGACGCAUGUUCCAAUGUUACAGGUUUGGACAGCAGAUAAGCCUCACCUCCAAGAAGAGGGCCCAGUGAUGCCAGGCAGCCACUCUGCGGAAAGAUUUGUUAUCGAGGAGAAUCUUCAUUGCAUCAUCAGAUCUCACUGGAAAGAAAGGAAAACUUGUGCCGCACAGUUGCUGAGUUACCCAGGCAAGAGUAAGAUUCCAUUGAACUAUCAUAUAGUUGAGGUGGUUUUUUCAGAGCUCUUUCAGCUUCCCUUAUCUCCUCAGGUUGAGGUUAUGUACACGUCUUUACUUAUUGAACUCUGCAAGCUUCAGCCUGGUUCAUUGCCACAAGUUCUUGCCCAAGCUACUGAAAUGUUGUAUAUGCGUCUGGAUACUAUGAAUACCAGUUGUAUAAUCAGAUUUAUCAAUUGGUUUUCCCAUCAUUUGAGUAAUUUUCAAUUUCGAUGGAGUUGGGAAGACUGGUCAGACUGCCUUGCUGAGGACGACCUGGACAAACCCAAACCAAAGUUUGUAAAGGAAGUGUUAGAAAAAUGCAUGAGGCUUUCUUAUCACCAAAGAAUAGUAGAAAUUGUUCCGUCAACGUUCGCUGCACUACUUCCAUCAAACCCUAUAUGCAUCUAUAAGUUUGGUGAUGAAAGUAACAGCUCUAUUCCCGGAUACACUGUUGCUGUUAAUCUCACCAAUGCCAUUAAAAAUAAAGCAACCAAUGAAGAGCUCAUGAACAUUUUGAAGGAAAUACCCAAUCCUAAUCAAGAUGACGAUGAUGAUGAAGGAGUCGGUUUUAACCCUUUGAAGAUAGAUGUGUUCUUGCAGACUUUACUACAUUUGGCAUCCAAGUCGUUUAGUCACUCCUUCAGUGCUCUGGCGAAGUUUCAUGAAAUCAUUAAGGCAUUGGCUGAAAGCGAAGAGGGCAAGUUGCAUGUUUUGAGAGUCAUGUAUGAAGCUUGGAAAAAUCAUCCCCAGAUGCUUUCUGUGCUGGUUGAUAAAAUGAUCAGAACCCAGAUAGUAAACUGUGCUGCUGUUGCAAACUGGAUCUUCUCCACAGAACUUUCUGGUGACUUUAUCAGGUGUUAUGUGUGGGAGAUUUUGCAUUCUACCAUUCGUAAGAUGAACAAACAUGUUCAGAAAAUCCAAAAAGAAUUAGAAGAAGCAAAAGGAAGGUUGGAAAAACAACACAAAAGAAAAGAGAGUGAUGAUGAGGAGGAGGAUGACAGGAAUAGCGAUGAAGAAGAUGGACCUUUGGAAGAACAAAUUGAACGUCUACAAGAAAAAGUUGAGUCAGCUCAGAGUGAACAGAAGAACCUUUUUCUUGUCAUAUUCCAACGGUUUAUAAUGAUUUUGACUGAGCAUUUAGUACGCUGUGAAACUGCAGGAACUGACUUUAAUACACCUUGGUACAAAAACUGCACUGAAAGGCUACAGCAAAUAUUUUUACAGCACCAUUCCAUAAUUCAGCAGUACAUGGUAACAUUGGAAAACCUCCUUUUCACAGCAGAACUUGAUCACCAUAUCUUGGCAAUGUUCCAGCAGUUCUGUGCCCUGCAGUCAUAAAAAUCCCUUUCCACUUGGAGCUACUUUGAGAAGGAUUUGCAAAGCUUCAUAUAGGAAAAGAUCAACUCAGAGGGAUGUUCAUUUCUUGCAUCAAGAUUUUUUUGUUCCUGUAACCUCAUUUUCAUAGUACAAGAGGGAUCCAUUGUGGAUAAACUAGACAUUUUUGAGCUGAACAGUUUAACAGAAGUUUACUUGCGUGACUUGUCGUAUUCCUGUUUGUGUUUUUUUUUUUUUUAAUAAAAUGAAUUAAAUUUUAAGUAAUUUGCUGGAUAUAAAGACAAUUCAAUGCUGUUUCUGUCAUGGUCAUUUGUAGACUGUGGCAGCAUGGCCGUUACAUUUCUUAAAACUUUGUAGCCAACCACCAUUUGCUCACCUGCUGUGAAAUAUACUGAUAGUAAAAUUCUAAUCCUUGUGUAUAUAUGUAUAUGUAUUUAAAAUGAAACAUGAAAUUGGACUCCCGUAAAGUGUGCUGAUUCUACCAUAUGAUGCGAAGAAUGAUGGUUUCACAACUAAGACUGUUAGCAUGCAGUUGUGGUUGACAUGUUAAGACCUCCUUCCCAUUCCUGAAGCCAAGCAGGUCCACCAUAUUAUAAGGGAAGGCUUGAAGUUCUCUUGGGAGCUGGUGUAAAACCAAAAUAUGGAGUAAAACUGUUUACAUCUACUGUGAUGUUGAUGGUAUAAUUGUUUUACUGACAAACAUAACUAAGGAUUAUUUUUAUUAUAAAAAUUGUAGGAUUUUUUUUUAAGUCAUGGACAGUUUUACAGGAACAAAGAGGUUUAAAUACACUUGCAAUGUUACUUUUUUAAAAA